GACGCGCUCGUCACGGGGUGCAGAUCGUACGUCGCUUGUCGUUCCGACACCCUUCGUCGCGCGCAGCACGCGCCUCUCACGCGGACACCCGCGCCGUUACGUCGCACGGCGUUUAUCGCGAUCCGUAUUUGUAUUUGUAACGCGGAAUUCCGUCGCGGAAACGGCAACGUCGUCGUCGUCGUCGUUGCCGUCAUAGUCGCGUUUCGAGGUAAUCGGUGGUGGGUGGUUGAUGGUGAAAUCUGACUUUUCUCUCGGACGAAAAAAAAGAACGAUAGACCUUUCGAGACUGAGAUAGGUGGUGAGGUAGAAACUGGGGUAAAAAGGAGGAGGCAGAGAAUAAAGAUAAAGUGCGUCGCGUGGUGCGUUGGAGCAGGGAAGUGAGUCCCUGUCCUCUGAUCCCUCGGGAAACUUCUAUUGCGUAUAAUGCUUUGUUGGGGGAGGCAAGGUGGACUCUAAUUCUUUUAGUGGGAGUGGAGUAAAGAGUAUUCGAGUACGGAGCCACGUUUCGGAGUUAGGCUAAAAGAUGCUCGACCGCGACGUCCCAACGGGACGAUGACGCCCGCGUCGGUUUGCGUCUGACAGAUCCGCGCACGUUGCCACGAGGCGCGCGGAUAAAGCUGCUCUCACUCCCCGCGUCCCUUCACGCGGAUACAUCUGGAGGUUCACGUGUGGCUGUGCAUGUGUGUGUUGCAGAUGCGGCCUUGUUACUGAUCCGAUCAGGCCGAACGUCAUCGACAACGAGAAUCCGAGACGAGACGCACCACGAGGUGAUUGGAGAAAGAUAAACAAAGAGAAGAAGAGGAACAGGUUGAAGAGAAAGCGUAGGAGGAAGCGUGCGGUGCAAUAGAAAAGUAGAAGAAGGAGGAGGAGAUACUCUCUCUUUCUCCCUCUUUCUUGUGGAACAAGACAAGCGGAAGCCACAUCACGCCCGAUCAUGACGCAGCAAAGCGGUGCUGGGUCACCCCAGCAAUUUUGUUUGCGCUGGAACAACUAUCAGACUAACCUAACCAACGUCUUCGAUCAGCUCUUACAGAGCGAAAGCUUUGUGGACGUGACCUUAGCCUGCGACGGUCACAGCGUCAAGGCUCACAAGAUGGUCUUGUCAGCCUGCAGCCCAUACUUUCAAGCACUCUUCUUCGACAAUCCCUGCCAACACCCGAUCGUCAUCAUGAAGGACAUCAAAUGGCCAGAACUCAAGGCUGCGGUCGAGUUCAUGUACAAGGGCGAGAUCAACGUCUCCCAGGAACAGAUCGGGCCGCUGCUCAAGGUCGCGGAGAGUCUCAAGAUUCGCGGCCUCGCGGACGUCAAUAGCGAACAGGAACUAACGUCCAGACCGACUCUGGAGGAGGUCGCGACCGCGGCGAUGCAGCGAAAGAAACGCCGCCGAAUGUCCGGCGAGCGUUCCCCGUCCAGCAACAGUCCGGAACGCAUCGGUUCCGGCAGCAUUGCCGACGACCAGGACGUGAUCGCCGGCAACAUUGUCGUACCCGAGAUCCAUAAUAUGGUGCCGCCGACCGCCAGCUCGACACCUAGGUCCCUAGGCUCGCCUAGUACGCCCAGUAUGCCUAGCAUCUCCGUCACGCCGCAGAUCAACCUGCAGGAGCUUCCUGUCUCGCUGCCCUUACCACCACCCCCGCCGCCGCCGCCGCAGGGACAGCAGAGUUCGCACCCCCUGUCGACCCACCACGUGUCCGGCCACGUGACUUCCGGUCCGCACGCGCCCGUCAACCACCUGGGCAGCCACGGUCAGCAACUCAGCGUGCAACAGCAGCAGCAACAGCAGCAGCAACAACAGCAACAGCAGCAGCAACAUGCGCUGAACGCCGGCGGUCAGGCUGUCAGCGCCGACGAUCUCGAGAUCAAGCCCGGCAUCGCGGAGAUGAUUCGGGAGGAGGAAAGGGCCAAGUUGUUGGAGUCGUCCCACGCUUGGCUCGGCGCCUCCACCUCCAGUAUAGCAGCAGACAGCUACCAGUACCAGCUCCAAUCCAUGUGGCAAAAGUGCUGGAACACCAACCAGAGCCUGGUGCACAAUCUGCGCUUCCGGGAACGCGGACCCCUCAAGUCCUGGCGGCCGGAGACCAUGGCGGAGGCGAUCUUCAGCGUCCUCAAGGAAGGGCUUUCCCUCAGCCAAGCGGCAAGAAAAUACGACAUCCCCUAUCCGACGUUCGUCCUGUACGCGAAUCGAGUGCACAACAUGCUGGGUCCUAGCGCCGACGGCGGGGCCGAUUUGCGUCCGAAGGGAAGAGGAAGACCGCAGAGGAUUCUGCUGGGCGUCUGGCCGGACGAGCACAUCCGCGGUGUGAUUCGCGCGGUGGUAUUCCGUGACGGGCACUCGCCCCAUAUCGUCAAAGAGGAGCCGACCACGAUAUACCCUACCCUGGCGAAUUACGCGGCCUGCAAUGGUCCGGAAGGCGCGGUCAGCCCGGGUGCGGCGGCCGCGGCCGCGGUCGCGGCGGUCGCUCAAGGUCUGCGACAUCAGAUGUGCAGUAUGGUGGCAGCAGCGCACUCGCAGCAACACGACAUGAUGGCGACCAAUUUGUCGACGAAUUUGUCGACAAGCUUGUCCUCCAGUCUGUCGUCAAACUUACAGGCAGCGAUGCAAGCUAGCCAGCACCACAAUAACAAUAAUACAAGUGGCAGUAACGCGGGCCUCGGCGGCAAUAGCGCCGGUGUCGGCAACAACGGCAAUUCCCCAUUGAACCUCGGUCUAGCGAGCCCGGGCUCGGGCGGCCCGCCCGAGAGCCCGAUGGAGAGUCCCCUGGCAAGUCCGUUGGGUCCGCUGAUGGAUCCGGCGGGUCACAUACCCAGCAGCGUGGAAGUCGGCAUCGGCGUGAGCGGCAUGACGUACAAGCCGGCGCGAAGCUUCGUCAGUCCGCGCCCGGAGAAUCUCUUCCAAGAGGACAUCGCCGAUCUGGUGAAGAGUCCCCACGGUCUCAAGGACAAGGACAAGAUCCCGGUGAAGCUCGAGCCGCUCACGGACUCGCGCUGUGAAUAGUAAGCCAUCGCUACGGUGGCUGGGAGGAGACGAGGAGCGGAAACGACGACGUCUCACCGCUGCAGGAUCGCCGGCCGAGGAAAGACGAGGAGCGUCGAUGACACCCUCAGGAGGACCUCUCUCUCUUCGAAGCCGUUAACGGCCAAGGCCGUAGAUGAUGCGGAUCAGUAGGUGCUGAGAGUCACUUUGACGCUUCUCGCGAAGAAUCGAGCUUCGUCUCAUUCUUGACUUUGCGGCACUUCGCCUCCUCGCGCGCGGGAGAGAGAGAGUUUAUAGUAUAUGUAUAUGUAUAAUAACAUAUACGUGACUCUGAACAUUGUACGCGAGCGCGAUAUAUAUUGUGCAUACGAGUAUGUUAGAGGAAUGUUAGAGAGAAAGAGGCUUACAAUCAAAA